UGCCUCAAAGCCAGUUGUGGAUUAUCUUUGGGAGCAUGGCCUCCUCUCAGUGAUUUCAAUAAUAUUUCGUAGAUUUGAGCACUUGCACUGUUGGCGAGUCGAUUCACCGGGUGUGAAAAUUGGAGUAAAGCCGGUUUUAGCGUCUGGUCUCGGUAUUGCAGGCUUACUGGCGAGAUUCUAGUCUUCGGGUCCAGUAUAACAUAGUGGUGGGGGAAUAAGAAGCGAAGGCGACAAUCUCUCCCGGAGGGUCACUCUGUGGAGUGACAGUGGAGUAUCGCAGAUUGUUGAGAGUUGAAUUCACUUUAAAAAUUCAAUUUUGAAGGAUAAUAUUGUGGGAAGACAUGGGAAAACCUCAGGAGGAAGGCGAGGAGGAACAGGGCCUGAGGGAACACCUGGGAGGUGAUCAGCUAUCGGAAGUCAGAGAAUCUAAUACGCUGGUUUUUUACGUUAAUGGGAGGGAGAUAAUCGACAACGACGUCGAUCCAGAAUGGACUCUCCUGUACUAUCUGCGGAAUAAAUUGAAUCUAAUCGGAACAAAACUGGGGUGCGCGGAGGGCGGUUGCGGGGCGUGUACCGUGAUGCUUUCGAAAUUCGAUCGUCAAAGACGAAAAAUCCUGCACCUAGCGAUCAACGCCUGCCUGGCGCCCGUCUGCAGUGUCCACGGUACAUCGAUAACAACUGUGGAAGGUAUAGGCAGUACCAGAACUACCCUCCAUCCCAUUCAGGAGCGCCUGGCCAAGGCCCAUGGUUCCCAAUGUGGCUUCUGCACCCCGGGAAUAAUAAUGUCAAUGUACGCCCUGCUGAGAUCAAAGCCCAAACCCUCGAUGCACGACCUGGAACUGACGUUCCAGGGGAAUCUCUGCAGGUGCACGGGAUACCGUCCAAUUAUCGAGGGCCUGAGGACCUUCACUGAAGAGUGGGAGCAGUCUCAAAUUGCUCAGCGCACAUCUCACUCCACCGGCUCCGAGAUGAGGCCCUGUGCAAUGGGUGAGGCCUGUUGCAAACGCGCGUUCACAUCGGAACCAACAGAAGUCUUCAAUACCAAGGAAUUCCGUCCGUACGAUCCCACCCAGGAGAUCAUUUUCCCACCGCAAUUAAAACUCUCCGAUGUACUUGACAAAGAGUAUUUGAUAAUCAGAGGGAAAGAAGUUACUUGGUAUCGUCCGACGACUUUACGACAACUCCUAGUCCUCAAAAAUCAGUUCCCCAACGCCAAGAUCAUUGUAGGUAACACAGAAGUUGGUGUGGAAGUUAAAUUCAAGCACUCCAAGUACCCAAUUCUAAUUCAGACCAGGCAAAUCCCUCAACUCGGAGAUAUCAACAUCCACGAUUCUCUGACGAUCGGUGCGAGUGUUGCUCUGAUGGAGUUGGAGGAAUGCCUUACCGAUCUCAUCACCACAACUCCAGAAUACAAAACAAGAAUAUUCAGAGGAAUAAUCGAAAUGCUCCACUGGUUCGCAGGGAAGCAAGUUCGAAACGUUGCAGCAAUCGGGGGAAACGUAAUGACAGGAAGUCCAAUUUCAGACUUGGUACCAAUACUGAUGGCUUCUGGAACGAAAUUGAACCUCUGCAGUCUCAAAAACGGUCACAGGCAAGUUCCUAUGGACCAGAAUUUCUUCACUGGAUACAGACGAAACAUCGUCAGGCCCGAGGAGAUCCUUCUAUCUUUAGAAAUCCCAUUCACCCAAGAAUCCCAGUACUUUGUUGCCUACAAACAGGCGAAGAGGAGGGACGACGACAUCGCCAUUGUCAACAUGGCAUUAAACGUGAUUUUUAAGAGUGAAACCGAUGAAAUCACUGAAGCCCACUUGGCAUACGGUGGAAUGGCCCCAACGACGAGGCUCGCAGUGAAAACCUGUGAGCAAAUGUUGGGAAAACGAUGGAACUCAGAUAUGCUGGAAUCGACCUACCGAUCAUUAAUCGAGGAAUUCCCAUUGGAAGACUCUGCACCCGGAGGAAUGAUCCUCUACCGAAGGUCCCUGACGCUCAGUCUCUUCUUCAAGGGGUUCAUUCACAUUACAAAGCAGUUACAGCGCGAUGUCCCUGGACUUGCGCCAAUCCCGAAGGAAUUAUCCUCAGUGGAUGGAACAUAUCGUUGCAAAUCCUUCAAAAGUUCGCAGUACUACCAGAUUGCCCCUGACCGCUCAGACCCGAAGGAUUUGAUCGGACGACCGAUCGUCCACACCAGUGCCUUCAAGCAAACCACUGGAGAAGCAUUGUACUGCGACGACAUUCCGAGGAUCGACGGAGAGCUAUACUUGGCUCUAGUUCUGUCCACAAGGCCCCACGCAAAAAUCGUCCGCGUUGACGCCUCCAAAGCUCUGGCACUCGAGGGCGUCAUUAGAUUCUUCUGCGCUGAAAAUAUUCCGGAAGACAGAAAAUGGGUUGGACCCAUUGUGAAGGACGAAGAGGUCUUCGCCACGAAAGUAACGAGUCAGGGUCAACCGAUUGGUGCAAUAAUCGCUGUAAACCAAGUGACAGCCCAAAAAGCGUCGCGACUAGUGGAGGUUCACUACGAAGACCUAACGCCUGUGAUCAUAAGCAUUGAGGAUGCCAUAGCGUCGAAAUCCUUCAUCGCCCCGUCCCCCAUGAGGAUCCAGAAUGGAGAUAUAAAUCAAGCCCUUGCGGAAUCCGAUCACAUUCUCGACGGGGAGUUCAGAAUAGGCGGCCAGGAGCACUUUUACCUCGAGACUCAGUCGGUUCUGGCUGUCCCCAAGGAGAUCGACGAUCUCGAAAUCACCUGCAGCACGCAAGACCCAAGUCAACUCCAGAGAUUGACUGCCCAGGUCCUCGGAGUCCCGUUGAACCGAGUGAAUAUCCGAGUGAAACGUAUGGGAGGUGGCUUUGGGGGCAAGGAGACCAAGGGGAAAUUGAUUGCGAUACCAGCGGCUCUUGCAGCCCACGAACUCCAGAGGCCCGUUCGUUGCAUGCUCGAUCGAGACGAGGACAUGAUGAUCACCGGGGGAAGGAAUCCCUUCCUGUGUAAAUACAAGGUCGGCUUCACCAAGGGGGGCCUCGUGAAAGGGCUGAAGGUCGAGUUUUUCAUGAACGCUGGACACUCCAGGGAUUAUUCGCCCGAGGUGAUGCAGAGGGCGAUCCACCACUGCGAGAAUGCCUACAAGUUCCCAGCGAUUGAUGCCACAGGAUGGGUCUGCAGGACCAAUCUCCCCUCGAACACAGCUUUCCGGGCCUUUGGGGGACCCCAGGGGAUGCUGGUAGCUGAAAACAUCAUCUGGGAUGUUGCCAAUUUCUUGGGGCUGCGGGUGGAUAAAGUCUCUGAGAUGAAUUUGUACAAGGAGAACGAUGUCACUCAUUACCAUCAGAAGCUCCUGCGGUGUUCCUUGGAUCGCUGCUGGCAACAGUGUAUUCUCCAGUCGGAUUAUGAGGCCAGAAGAGCCAGGGUGGAGGCAUUCAAUCGAGGGAAUCGAUACAGGAAGCGAGGAAUCGCUGUUAUACCCACGAAAUUUGGUGUUGGGUACAGUCUGGGAUUUUUGAAUCAAGCUGGAGCACUGGUUCACGUUUACACUGACGGCUCGGUGCUCAUCACUCAUGGAGGGGCUGAAAUGGGCCAGGGGCUGCACACGAAGAUGAUUCAGGUUGCGAGCAGGGUUUUGAGGGUUCAUCCUGAUAAAAUUCACAUCUCUGAAACUGCGACUGACAAGGUGCCGAAUACUACAGCUACUGCUGCCAGCGUUGCUUCGGAUUUGAAUGGAAUGGCUGUCCUGAAUGCCUGCACUACUAUUGUGGAGCGGAUCAAGCAUAUUACCGAUGGCAGUCCUGGGGGGAGUUGGGAGGAAUGGAUCUCGAAGGCGUAUCUCGAGAGGAUUAGUUUGAGUGCAACUGGAUAUUAUCGAACUCCCGACGUUGGCUACGACUUUGAGACGAAUUCUGGAAUGCCUUACAAUUAUUUCUCGUAUGGUGCCGCCUGCAGUGAGGUGGAAGUCGACUGUCUCACUGGGGAUCAUCAGAUACUGAGAACAGACAUUGUCAUGGAUGUGGGGGACAGUUUGAAUCCCGCCAUUGACAUUGGACAGGUGGAGGGUGCCUUCACCCAGGGCCUGGGAUUGUACACUCUCGAGGAGUUGAUGUAUUCUCCUGAUGGAACCAUGUACACACGUGGUCCUGGCUCCUACAAACUCCCCGGUUUCAAUGACAUUCCCCAGGAAUUCAAUGUAUCGUUGCUGAGGGAUGCACCCAAUCCAAGGGCCAUUUACUCGUCGAAAGCUGUCGGGGAACCCCCGCUCUUCCUCGCGGCCUCUGUAUUUUUCGCUAUCAAAAAUGCCAUUCAGGACGCCAGGAGAGGUGCCAAGGCUUCUGACAUAUUCAGACUAGAUUCACCAGCAACCUCCGCCAGAAUUCGCACGGCUUGCGUCGAUGAAUUCGUUACUCGUUUUCCAGAUGUCGAUGUCGAUAAGGCGUGGAACAAAGUACCAUGAAAUCUGAGGAAUGUUUGCUCGAGAAUUUCUAAUUUAUUCUAAGGGGAGUUUUGCAGCCUCACGCUUGGUAUUCAUACCUGAUUGUGGCGUUCGGUGCAUGUAAGUAGCUGGCCGAUGAGUAUCUGGGGGAUUUAUGAGUCGUAGGAAGAUGAACCGUGGUCAUGGGCUGGACUCGGUGGUGUUGAUGGGUUCGAACUGUUGUUCGAGGCUAUUGAGUGACGAGGACUUCCACCAGCUGUGUGCUCCUGAUAAUUAAUGA